AACUCUCCUCUCAGUUAAAAAUUGUGUUCUAAAUAUUUUUUUCCCCUUUUUCCUAAACGGUGCAAUGAUGUUUCCAAGUGUUAUUGCGCCACCUGCGAUGUAUCCAAGCCUUCUUCGGCCAUCAGCAGCUCUGUCCCUGCCGCAGUCUUUGCAUUCAGCUUUCACUUCUCACUCAAGUUUCUUAGUGGAGGACCUGCUGCGGAUCAGUCGGCCGGCGACCUACUUGUCACGGAGCGUCCCGUCGCCCAGCGUCUCGCCGCCGACCACGGGCGCCACAAGCCUGAACAGCAGUCCGGCGGAACACGUCAGCAGCCCCACGGCACUCGCAGGCAGAACAUGUUCGCCUCAAACUUCACUUUCUUCCAACAACGACCCCAACUAUCUGAAGUUUGGAGUUAAUGCGAUCCUGGCACCGUCAACCAAAAACGCAUCAUCGGCCCCUUCUAUUCAGUGCGUGCACCCGAAAGCCUUCCAGUUCCCAUAUUUUGACGGAUCAUUCCCCCCAUUUAUUAGAUCCACCUAUUUUCCAGCGUCUUCUUCGGUGGUGCCGAUCCCAGGCACGUUUUCAUGGCCUCUGGCAGCCAGGGGGAAGCCCAGGAGAGGGAUGCUGCGCCGGGCUGUCUUCUCUGACGUGCAGAGGAAAGCCCUUGAGAAAAUGUUCCAGAAACAGAAAUACAUCAGCAAGCCCGACAGGAAGAAGCUGGCGGCCAAGCUUGGCCUUAAAGAUUCACAGGUUAAAAUUUGGUUCCAGAACAGAAGAAUGAAAUGGAGGAAUUCCAAAGAGAGAGAGCUUCUGUCUUCCGGGGGGUGCCGGGAACAAACCCUACCGACAAAGUUAAACCCUCACCCAGACCUGAGCGAUGUUGGGAAGAAGUCUUCGGGGGAGGAGGAGGCCCUGGGAGGGGAGAGCCCACGAGCAUCGCUCUGUCACUCCCCCGCUGGUCGCAAGCUGUCAGACAGUGUGGAGUCACACCUCUCGUCACCAUGUCAAUCCAGUAAACACUCAGACUUCUCAGAGUCGGAAGAUGAAGAAAUCACAGUUUCCUAGAUAAUCUAAAAUAAAUAAAUUAUGUUUAUAUAAAAUUAAAUAAAAUACCUUAUAUACAGAAACAACUAAUUAAAUGUAAAUAAGAGGAUGUAUCCCUUAACUUAGACAGAGAUAUCAGAAUCCAAGUUUGCUUUCAACACACACCCUGCAUCAAAUCAAUUUGAAACGCAGCAAAUGUUUGGAAUGUUGACAUGGAUCAUAUUUGGGACGAUCUUAUAUCCCAUAUAUAAAUGUUUAUUUUAGGGGAUAUGCAUCCUUCUUGGAAUAACUUGCUGUAUUUGCACAGCUUUUGUGAACUGUACAGAAUUUUGUAAAUUUUUUUUUGUAUUGGAAAUUUUAUACCAAGAGUAUUUUGAGUGACAAUAUGGCUUUUACAUUAGAUAAUGUAAUGAUUUAACAAAGAAAU